AUGCAAUUCUUGGUAUGUGAAUCGAUAAUAUGGGAACUCGGAUGCCUAAAGUUCUUACUUGGGUGGCUAGCUAAGGUGCUACCCAUAGAUGCUACCCGAGGUGAUAUAUCCGAUAUGAGAUCAAAGGAGCCUAGGAUGCUACUCGGGAUGGCAUUAGGAGAGUCCAAGUUGCUACCUAGGAUAAAAUCGGAGAAGCCUAAAAGGCUCCUUGUUAUUGAAUGGGAUGUAAUUAGAGGAGUCCAAAUUGCUAUUAGGAAUGGCAUAGGAUGGAAACAGGAGUCCAAGACUUUACCCGGGACAAAACCGAGGCACAAUGACUCUAAAGUUUUGUUGAGCAUGAUAAUCCUCGGUGUCAAGUGGGAAGAUAAUUUUUGCUUCUCGGAGGAAGAUGGUCGCGAGUUCCUUGAGAUAUAG